AUGUUAAGCUUGUAAUGUCAAAGUAACUAGAAGGGACAACCUAUUAAAGCAUAUUAAUAACAUACACAAAAAAGUUAAACGAUUUUAAUGCAAUAUCUAUUUGAAUUAAAUAGUCACAUAAAAAUGAAGCAUUUGAAUUCAAAAAAUGAUUAAAUGAUGCAAAAUAAAAGACUAGCACAAGAUGCUGAUAUUGACUAUGACAAGGAAGUAUUGAAGUCUUUCCUCAAUAAGUUCAUUCAAUGCCACUAAAAGGAAUUCUUUUGA